AUGGAUUUCAUCAAGACCAGUUCCCUGCGUGCUCUGAUUGAGUUAACUUUCCAACGCAACUGGAACGGCCUAAUUUGGAUGAGUAGAAAAGGAGUUACAACCAAAAGAGUGAAGACUGUCCAGACGGCUCUAUCGAGAAUCAGCGCCCAAACCGCGCAGUCCGGCUGGCCGAGAAACGUUGUUCCGCUCGGCCAAAACAUCCGUCCGUCUGAAGUCUCGGCCAAAGUUCAAACCACCGGCCGACACAGCAUGACCCGGGAAUAUGUCCCGCGGUCGGCCAAGCCACACCACCGCCAUGCCGCGCACGACCAUGCCGCGCGAGCCGGGAAGCAAGCCUCGCGGCCGCGCAACCUUCUCGCGUACCACGGCCGAUGCGCCGUCCGAGCCGGGAAGAACGUCCCGUCCGGCCGAGAACAUCGGCCAAUCUUCACCCGUCCGACCAGCGGCCGACGCGAAUCCAUCCGGCCACGACCGUUCCGAUCGCCACGCCAUGACCCGAUCAUCCGGCCGAUCGUCCCGACCGACCGUCCAACGCCGCGGUCGACCCGAAGCCCGUUUUGA